AUGUCUGCGUUUAUUUGCUCUUUCUCUCUCACAUGUUUUCAUUUGCUUUUUAUUCUGCUUCUGUUGCAAUAUAACGCCUACUCACUGAACACUGGACGUAAGACAUUUCAUUUUAUCGCUUCAUUUACAAGAUCCCAAAUGAUGGCUACACAUCCAUCUUUUAUUUUUAUCCUGUCUUUGAUAUGUUCUACUGUUGUGACACAGAGUGCAAGCAAAAUGGAAGAAUUUCAUUUUCUCAUGCCUCAAGUGAGACCAACUAAGCCUGAUACUUACCUUUGUCAUACAUUGAAAAUGAAUCCCACAGCUGAUUAUAUUGUUGGUUUUAGACCACAUGCAAACAUGCAGACAUCACAUCAUGUUCUUUUAUACGGUUGUGGAGAACCAGGUAGUGAAAAAGUCGUUUGGAAUUGUGGAGAAAUGGCAACCAAAGAUACUCAGUAUGUUUCAGGUCCUACAUGUAAAUCUUCACCGUCUAUCCUAUAUGCAUGGGCAAUGGAUGCUCCUAAACUUGACCUCCCUAAAGGUGUUGCAUUUAAAGUGGGAGGAAAUUCCGAUGUUCAGUAUUUGGUUAUGCAGAUUCACUAUAAAAAUGUGGAAAAAUUUCUUCCACCGCAAAACCAGACUGACAGCUCUGGACUCACCUUGUUGACUACAAAAGAAAAAACAAAGCGUACAGCUGGUGUUUAUCUCUUGGGAACAGAUGGUGUUAUUCCCCGACAUUCAACUGUUUAUAUGGAAACUGCCUGUCUGUAUUAUAAUAAAUUUGUUCUUCAUCCCUUUGCCUACAGAACCCACACACAUAAGCUUGGCAAAGUUGUCUCUGGUUAUGUUAUUCAUAAUGGGAAAUGGAAAGAAAUUGGUCGAAAGAAUCCUCAACUACCUCAAAUGUUCUAUAAUGUCACAAACCCUGGUUUAACUAUUAAUCAAGGAGACAUUCUGGCAGCACGUUGCACCAUGAAAAAUGAUGGAACCAAAGAUGUUUACAUUGGAGCAACACAUGAUGAUGAAAUGUGCAACUUCUAUGUGAUGUAUUAUGUAGAUGGUGAUGAACUUCCACAUCAAAAAUAUUGUUUUAGUCAAGGACCAUUGAAUUGGAACUGGAGGGACUUUUAUUUUCAUCGUCGUUUGCAGUUGGCCCAGGCUCCUAACACUAUUAGUGUGGAACCAGAAACUGGCACAAUGUACCAGCAGUCAAUUUUAGUGGAUCUUCCCAUGAAUGACAAAAGUGAUUUCUCAAGGAAGGAGCAGACACUUUACAAUCUGUUGAGUCAACAAAAAGUAAAGAAGACUGUGGCAUAUGACUAUCUGGCAGAUUACUGA